CUCCACCAGUCUGCACAACGGCCGAAUGGGAAACCACCCAGAGCCUCCUACUAUUUCAUACACAUUUACAGUCACGAGUCAUACAUAUUAGUGAACAAGAUUCUUUUUAGAAGAAAUUCGUUGUAAUAAUUGCUUCACUCCAAGCCAAACUAUUCUACGGAUUCAACGUGAGUGAUUAAUUACCAACAGAAUGUACGAGUGACGCAUCAGCGUGCCGUAUGCUUAUUAACGAAAUUAAUACGUUGUUGUCAAUAUUAAUAUAAUUAUUCCCUAAAACUAUUGCUAAUGACGGUCGAGUGGCGCAAUAGUAAUUGAUAUUUAGCCAUAAAUAGCGUAUCUGAAUUAGAAACACUGAAAGUGGUUCUUUAAUCAGCUAAACCAAUAAGAUGUCCAAUUGGCAGAGCCCACCACCAGGUGCAGGAUUCUAUCCAGGCCAACAAGGGUACCCGUAUCCACCACAGAACCCUGGUUACCCACCAAACCCGGGAUAUCCACCUAAUCCAGGUUAUCCACCUCCUCAAGGCGACUGGAACCAAGCACCACCAGCUGGAUUUAUUCCAACGGGCGGAAACUACGGACAAGGACCUCCACCAAUUCCACCUACUGCAGCUUUUGGUCAAGCUCCAGGAAUGUACGGGGCAAACUAUGGUGACGAGGCCCUUCACGAUGAGCCAAAAGGCUUUGAUUUCAGUGACAAAACAAUUAGACAGGGUUUCAUCAGAAAAGUCUAUGCUAUUUUGAUGUGCCAGCUGCUGUUGACAUUGGGUGUUAUUGCACUUUUCUUGUACCACAUUCCAACUAAGCGCUAUGUACAAGAACACCAAGGAUUAUUUUGGGCCGCUCUUGUUCUUAUGCUAGUCUCGUUAAUUUGUAUGGCUUGCUGUACAAAUGUAAGACGUAAAGCUCCGAUGAACUUCAUAUUUCUUUUUAUAUUUACCAGUGCUGAAAGUUUCCUGCUCGGUACGUUGUCAUCUCGAUACGAAAGUCAAGAGGUAAUACUGGCAGUAGGAAUAACAGCAGCAAUAUGUUUUUCAUUAACAAUUUUUGCAUUCCAAACUAAAUGGGACUUCACUGGUAUGGGAGCUGCACUCUUUGUUGCUGUAAUGUGUCUUAUGUUGUUCGGAAUAAUUGCCAUGUUCUGGCACGGCAAAACAAUAACAAUCGUUUACGGCGCUGUAGGUGCAUUAAUAUUCUCAUUGUAUUUAAUCUACGACACUCAAUUGAUGCUGGGUGGUAAACACAAGUAUUCCAUUUCACCCGAAGAGUACAUAUUUGCUGCAUUAAAUCUUUACCUUGAUGUUAUUAACAUCUUUAUCUAUAUUUUGUCGAUAAUUGGAGCUUCUCGUGAUUAAUUACUUUAUUAUAAAUGUAAAUUAUUAUCAUCAUUUUCAUCGUCAUAAAUAUUAUUUUCAUUCUACACCAAGUUUAUUUUUUUCAAAUUCAUUGUCCAAAUUCAUAGAUGUUUCAAUAAUGAACAAUUAAUAAUGAUAUUUCGAAAAAUGAGUAAAGUUUGCAAGCCUCCAAAAAAUUUUACUUUGUUAAUAACCACAAAGUAUUUUUCGAUACAGGCUUUUGGAAAAUGAGUAGGCUUAAAAGCUUUAUCUAGUCGAGAAGUCAAUUCAAAUAUUAAAUUAAUAUCGUCAUACUUCUGUUUUUAUGCUUGUUAAUAAUAAUUAUUAUUAUUUAUUUCAUAAACUUUUGUUACUGUUAAUUGUUUGACGUCGCAGUUAAUUAUUUUUUCAUAAAUGUUAAUAUAAAAUGUUUCAUAUAUUAUCCUCGUUCGACCUUCCUUAGAAUAUCACGGUUCCUGAUUUACUACUUAUUAAACAUCUUUUAACCUUCAUACUGAAUAUAUAUAAUAAUUAAUUGUUAUUAAAUUAUCACCGAAAUAAAAAAUUAGCUAUAACAAAAAUUAUUGCUGGAAAUUAGUAUCAAAUAAGUCAAAAGUUUUCAGAGUAUUAAGCACAUGAUUGUAUCGUUUUAUCUCGAGUUAAAAACAAAAUUUAAAUAGUAACAGAUACUUUUACUGUAAAAGCUAUUUAUACAUGUAUAAAUAAAUAAUAAGUAAAUUAUAUUUACAAUAUUGACGUUUAAA